AUGGCAUCAACAUCAAGAAUCGUCCUGAUAACAGGAGCCAACUCUGGAAUCGGCUACGCAACGGCCAAAGUUUUGGCGGCGGUGUCUGCCAAUUACCAUGUCAUAAUUGGAGCGCGAAACACAACCAAGGGCGCUGAAGCUGUCCAAACUCUCCAGUCGGAUCCCAAAACAAAGGGCUCACUGUCAACAGUGCACAUUGACAUGAACGAUAAAUCCUCAAUUUCAGCGGCUGCAAAGCAAGUCGAAAAAGAUUUUGGCAGAGUAGAUGCGCUCAUCAACAAUGCCGGCAUCUACGUUUCCUCGGGUGAUCUUGACUACGAGCUCGAGUCGCAAUUCAAGACAAAUGUUGUCGGUGCAGCUCUCACGACACGUGCGUUUCUACCUUUGCUGCUCAAGUCGGCCAGUGCCUACUUGAUUUAUAUCACGAGCAGUCUUGGGUCGGUAACCGAAGCCUCGACUCCUAGCUCUCCCUUUGCAUCAUUCAAAGGUAUUGGAUACCGCGUGAGCAAGCAGGCAAUGAAUAUGGUCAUGGUAGAGGACCACAAAGAAUUUGCACCUCAAGGAAUCAAAGUCUUUUCUGUCUGCCCAGGUCUCGUCGAGUCAAACCUUCGAGGAACAAGCCCGGAAGCAGUCAGCGCCGGUGGGCGCGCUCGGCCUGCCGAAGACUCGGGGAAGUUAUUGUUGGGUGUACUCGAGGGUAAGAGAGAUGCAGAUGUUGGCAAGUACCUUCACUUCGACGGCGUACGCCCAUGGUAG